AGCAUGUCACAACCAAACUCUCCAACUCCAAAGAAAAAAUUGUCAAAGAAAGAACGUCGUGAUCAGCGGUACCAAGAAUCAGAAGAGGAUGUCUGUUGUGAGUGUAGAGACCUAUUACAGGAGGCAGUAAAAUGUGGAAUUCAACCUAAUCCAAUAUCAGACAAGAUUCGCGGAUUCUCUGUUUCUGUUCCUGUUCGUGUUCGCCUGGAAGGAAGAAAAGAGUCAAUGAAAUAAUAUUUGAUUUUUUGUAAAUUAUAUGCUUCUUGGCAAAAAAGUAGUGUUUAUAAUUGAAAAUAUAUUUGUGGCUAUAAUUAUAAUUGACACCUGUAAAUAUUUGUGUAUCAGGUGAUAAUGUUUUUUUUUUUUUUAAUUUCUGGGAGACAUUUACAUUGUCAUCAAGAUCCUAAGCAUUGUAAAAUUGUGUAGUUUGUUCUUAAAAGUAAAAAAAUAUGAAAGGUCAAUGUA